CAUGUGACCUACGCCGACCCGACAGGUGCCCCACGAUAUUAUGGACGAAUUAUUUUUCAUUUACAGAAAACCCCCUCAGUGUAUUUAGUCAACUGCUGAGAAAUAUUCGCAAAAUUAAUUUACUUUUUUUUUCUCUUCACAUCUCGCAGAAUCACGUUGUUAACGUGUACACAAACAUGGCGACGUUCCUGAAAGUUGUUGUGUUGGCAGUAACAUUGAAUUUUGUAAAUUCUGCCACGUAUAAAGAGGGCGAUGAGGUUUUAUUAUACGUGAAUAAAGUUGGACCAUAUUUCAAUCCUCAUGAAACGUAUCAUUAUUAUCAACUUCCAGUAUGUCGACCUAAACAAAUAGAACAUAAAAGUUUAACAUUAGGUGAAGUAUUGGAUGGUGAUAGAAUGGCCAAGUCUUUAUAUGAAAUCAAAUUUAAGAAAGAAGAAGACAAGAAAGUAUUGUGUAAGGUUCAUUAUUCUGAAAGUGACCUCUCAUUGCUGCGGAAUGCUAUAGAAGAUCUUUAUUACUUUGAGUUUGUUAUUGAUGAAAUUCCAAUCCGUGGUUUUAUUGGACAUUUAGAGGAAGGAGGAUUUUUACCUCACAGUCAUAAAAUCUAUCUAUGGGCACAUCUACAUUUUAACAUAGAAUAUAAUGGUGACCAUAUAAUUUAUGCAAAUGUAACAACUAAGGAAAUUAGUCCAGUGAGUAUAGACGCGGUACCAACACCGUUUGAAGUAGCUUUUACCUACAGUGUUAAAUGGUACCAAUCAAAUAUGAAGUUUGAAGAUAGAAGUAAACGACUUCGUGAUAACAGUUUCUUCCCUAAAACAUUGGAGAUUCACUGGUUAUCAAUUAUAAAUUCUAUGGUUCUAGUUUUCCUCUUGAUUGGUUUUGUUGUUAUUAUCAUGACUCGUGUAUUGAAGAGUGAUUUUGCUAGAUAUAAUUUAGAUGAUGAUGAAAAUGAUGAUUUAGAUCAGGAAGAUAAUGGCUGGAAGAUAAUACAUACAGAUGUAUUUAGAUUUCCACCUGGUAAAAAUGUCUUCUGUGCCAUAUUAGGUGUUGGAAGUCAGUUUUUAGCAUUAGCUACAGGAAUAUUAUUAAUGGCUAUGUUAGGAAUGUUUAAUGUACAUCGUCAUGGUGCUAUUAAUUCAGCUGGUAUCGUGCUCUACGCUUUUACUUCAUGUAUCAGUGGUUAUGUAGCAGCUAAUAUGUUUAAAAAGAUGGGAGGUGAUAACUGGGUAUGGAAUAUAAACCUUACAUCAUCAUUAUUUGCCUUACCAUUUUUCCUUGUUUGGGCUAUUGUUAAUUCUGUUGCUUGGGGUUACGGAACAACACAAGCAUUACCAUGGCAAACAGUGAUAUUAUUGAUGGCCUUGUGGGUAUUCGUGGGCUAUCCUCUAACUGUGAUAGGAGGAAUCUUUGGUAAGAAUUGGGCUGUGAGUUUUGAUGCUCCAUGUCGAACUAAAAAUAUUCAGCGUGAAAUUCCCAGUGUACCCUGGUAUAGAUCUGCAUUUGCUCAUUGUGUUGUUGGUGGUUUUCUGCCUUUUAGUGCCAUUUCUGUUGAGUUAUAUUACAUAUUUGCAACAUUAUGGGGUAGAGAACAAUAUACCUUAUUUGGUAUUUUAUUUAUUGUAUAUGGUAUACUGCUGAGUGUUACUGCCUGUAUCUCGGUGGCCUUGACCUAUUUUCAACUUUCUGCAGAAGAUUAUCGAUGGUGGUGGAGAUCCAUAUUUAGUGCUGGGUCAACAGGCAUGUUCGUCUUUCUCUACGCCUUAUUCUAUUAUUUUAAACGAUCAAAUAUGUCUGGAGCAUUGCAGUCUAUAGAAUUCUUCGGCUACACGUUUCUGACAUGUUAUGUGUUUUUCCUGAUGUUGGGUACGGUCUCUUUCUUUGCUUCAUUAAAAUUUGUUCGCUAUAUUUACGUUAACUUAAAGAUGGACUAAUUCCACAAAUUAUAUUUGUAUAUUCUGUUUUAUUAUUGUUAAGAUAUGCUUUGUUUUGUUUAUGUGUACACUACAUGUAUAAUAAUAAUACACAAAGCUAAAGACUUUUAAAAGUACCACAUUGUUUAAUAUCUGGACCACAAUUAUCAUGACACAAAAAUACAUGUAUAUUAGAAAUUACAUUCAUGUUUGAAUAUCAUAAUCUUUAACAUGGGAAAAUGAACAAUGGAUAUUCAAUGCAUUUACAAUUUUGUCUUUUCUCAUUAUAUUAUUUGACUUCCGUGUGAUCUUAAGGAAGCCAAGAUUAUUACUAUUACAAAAUCAUGCAAUAACCUGGUUAACACUUGAAAGUGAUAAAUGAGUUAUCUCCCUUUGACACAUACCUUGAAUGUGCAAACAGCAAAGACUGCUAACAACUUUGAAUCUAUGAUGACAGCCAAUCACUGUUGCCGAAAUGCUUAAUUACACCACGAUUCUACUAACACUACCUAUUUUUCGGGACAGUGAGAGAACUCAAUUCUAGCAAUUCUGGACUGACAAUCGAGCACCCUCAAAGUGUGUACAACUUUAUAUCAUGUAACAGAGGAGAUAACUCAACCAGAUUUAUAAAUUUUACAAACUGAAUGGUUGAGACUUAUUGAAGGGCUAUUAAUAAUAAUAUUAUAAGUUAUCUGAUUUUAAAAAAAGGGAAAGAAGCUGGUUACAAUAUCUGGACUGACAAUCGAGCACUCUCAAAGUGUGUACAACUUUGAAUCAUGUAACAGAGGAGAUAACUCAACUAGAUUUAUAAAUUUUACAAACUAAAUGGUUGAGACUUAUCGAAGGCCUAUUAAUAAUAAUAUUAUAAGUUAUUUGAUUAAAAAAAGGGAAAGAAGCUGGUUACAAUAUUUUAUAUUUAGCACUCACAAAGGAGUUUGCUGUCAUGAAUUGAUAAGGAAGCUUGUCCUGCCUUAUGUAAUGAAUGACUAUUUAUUAGUACCAAAAGGACCUGGCAAAUGUUAAACAUUAUUUCUAACAUCUCUUUCUAGCUUGUGUUUUGGUUGUUUUGUUUUUUUUUGUUAUUAAAUUGGGUUAAUUCUCUUUCAUUAUGUAUAUUUAAAUGUAUAUAGGUACUUCAUGUGGUGUAAAUUUUUAUAUUUCAUUCUUGUAUGUUUGAGAAAAUAUGUUCAAUAUUUUUGCUGAAAGAUUGUCAUUAUUAGCUUUGUUUAUGGGGGCCAUAAAAGUUGUCCUGAAUUGUUAAUUGAAUUUGUAAUUCUGUUUAUUUUUAAAAUCUAUUUACCUUGUUAGGUUGACAAAAUUCUGAGAAGAAAAAGAAAAUAUGUCAACACACAGAUAAAAUUAGAUUCAGUAUAUUAACCAAUAAAAAAAGUUAUAUGGUGACUAGCUUUUGUUGUUAUGGUUACAUUCAAACAUUUAGGUUUUCUAUUUGUUUACUAAUGUUAAUACUGUUUGAUAAACAAACUGUAUAUUUGUUAUCUUUGAUAUCCCCAGUGGUCUUAUUCCGUUCUACUCCACUAAACCCGGGGUUCAUCCAUGGGCAAGACACGUAUUCAGAUUAUCUGCCCUUGAUGAUUGUUCUAUUUUUAUCUGCCAAUACGCUUGAUAGCAUUACGACUUGCACUGCCUGUUUUGACUGACAUAAAAACAUCUUUCCCAUCGAAAAGAUGUUUUAGCACGUAUGUCACUUCUUAUAUACUAAAUUUAUUGCAGACUUUCUCAUAAUCGAGCGAACAAACCGCCAUAUUGUUGUGAAUGUAAACACUGAGGCUAAGACUGGUUUAUAAACUGUUUUUUGAUUGGCUCAUAGAAUCAAGCCACUAUUUAGGGCAGAUAAUUUGCAUACGUAAAUAUCCGUUGAUGAACCCAGGGUGGAGUGGAGUGGAACGGAAUGAGACCACUGGGGAUGCCGAGAAUGUAUAUUUGUGUACACACGAUAGACAUUUUAAAAUAGAAAAAGACAACUCUCUUACAUGGAGCAUUACCUUUGGUACAAGCAGGAAUGUGUUUUAUGUUUUGAAAAUUAGAGGUGAUUUUUUUUAUGGAACUAAACUUGAUUUUGUCUGUGUCUUAUUAUAUGUUUAAAUUCCUACUAUUGUCCCGUUUAACAUUUCUGUUCGACUAAGUUUUAUGUUUAUAAUCUGUUUAACCACAGGUUAUAUAUAUGGCAGAACAAUGGAGAACUAUAAUCUGUUCAUUAUGUUCAAGCCAGAAGGUUUUUCAUUUUCUCAAAUUGAGAAAAAUAUGCUUAACUGACAGAAAAGAAAUAUUUGUGAUAUUCAAAAUGAUUUCCAACAACUCUUUUAUUAGUAACUUUGUGUAAUAAAUGCACUGAUGAUGUGAUCACAUUUGUAGUUUUGGAUAUGUCAUAGGAAAGAGGGAAUUUUAGUACAUAUAACUAUUGGUAUAGUUCAUCAAUUGAUAUGCUUGGAAAUAUGUGACUAGAACAAAUGACUGGCUAAAAGCUUUAUAAAAUAGAAUGUUGCAAUGUAGUUGAUUUGGAUAAUUUUCUUUUAUUAUUAAUAAUCAUAAUUAUUAUACAAGUAUUAAUAUAGAAUAAUAAUAAUCUAUUUGCUUAGCAUUUAGAUUCCAGUAUCAAAAAUUUAGAAUCAGAAAAUUUAGUCCCUGCAGUGUUGAUUUUGUUAAUAAAUGGAAUGUGUUUUGUGGUCACAUAUUUUCCAACAACAUGUACUUAUUAUACAUAUGUAAAUAUUGUUAUUAUUAAUAUAAAAUUGUUAUAUGUAACAGGGGGCCAUUUGUAGUCAAAUAAACUAAGUUUAAAAUAAUGUUUAUUUUGUAAUAAGUACUAAUAGGGACAAGUUGAUAAGAUUUGUAGUCUGUCAAGGGUGAAUAUAUUCUGUGCUUUUUACAUUUGACAACUAUGAAGAUUGAUAAAUUCAGACAUACAUCUUUUCUAUAGAAUGGGAGCUGCAUCAAGUUAAAGCACUGGAUUAAGGCCAGUACAGAAAUCAAAAUGGUGCCAGUAUAGGUGAAAUCAUAUUACCAGAAUUAACAGUAUCUCACUCUGUUUAAUUAAAAAUGGUUCCCUUUUUAAAACCUAAUGGUCUGAUAUCAACAUUGUAUUAUGAUUUGUUUUUGUCUAAUGGAAGUGUGUCUACAAGACAUUAUAUCUAUCAAUCUUCAUCUUUGAAUUAAUUACUGUUUUAUCUUCAUUUUGUAUAUAUUUAACCAUAUCUUAUGUUAUUCUCAUAUCUUGUGUAUUUUGUUAAAUUUUAGAGAUAUAUAUUUAAAUAAAGUGAAGUUUAUGUUAACAGGGUCAAUGAAACAGACCUGGAGAGAAGUCGACCUAUUCUAAAAUCAAUUUCAACAAAUCCUGUUGUAUAGAUUUUUAAAAAAAUCCAACCAUGUUUUAAAAAACUCUAUAAUUCUGUCAUGUACAAGCUUUAAAAGUCAAACAUAAUCAUGAGAUAAUUAUAAGUAAAUUCUCCAAAUCAAUACUGUUUCUUCUUUUGCAUCAAUGCACAAAUCCAAGUUAGAAUUUUGUCUGGAGUAGUCCAGAUAACUAUGUGAAAAAAUAAAUCAGUAGGGUUCUUUCAUAUAUUCUAUUAUAGAUAAUCAAAUUCACUCUAGUACUCUCUAUCAUUAAUCUGACUAAAUGGUGAGAUUAGGAACUGUAGUCUGUAUAGUGUUCACAAGCAAAGUUGGAUGCCUGGCACAGCUGACGACAGUGCAAGUCCACAAUACAUGUUGGCGUAUUAAAAGGAAAUAUAUUUGAAAAUAACAGUCCCUUGAAAUGUGAUCAAAAAGGAAAUGAAAUAGAGAAAAAAUAUGUACUGUCUUAAAGAAUAUAAUUUAAUAUAAAGGUUUGGUUGUCUUGGGUUUUUAUUUUACCUGAAGACAGACAUGCACCUUUCCAAGCACUUCUAAAAAGUUUUAUCUACAUUAUUUAAUAUUACUAAAAAUAGAGAUUUACAUUCCUUAUUAUAGUAUACUGUGGAAUAUGGAUUUGAUAGAUUUAAAAAAUACAGGUCACAAUGCUGUUACAUAUAUUGAUCAUAUUAUUUAUGGCUGAUUAACCUAAAUAACUGUUGGGAAUGAAUGGCCUUUAAUAAUAGAUUAUUAUAUUGUUGCAUAUGUGACUUCAAAAUUGAAUAUUUAGUAAGACAUAACUGAGCUUAGAUGUUCAAGAGACUGUUAUUUGAAAAUUGGUGGGGUCGAAGACGUAAAUAAAAAUAUAAAAUACCAA